CCAAAUAAAAUUCAGACAAAAGACGUAAAACCAGGAGAGAAUAGCAGAGAGAGAGAGAGAGAAUAUGGAUAGGGUGUUCUCAGUUGGCGAAAUCUCGGACCAGUUCUGGUCAGCACAACCGGCGACGGCGCCGGCUCCGACCACCCCAGAGGAGAAGUCGAAAAUGAAUCGCAGCGCAUCGGAGUGGGCCUUUCAGCGUUUCCUCCAAGAAGCUUCGGCCUCCGACAGCUCCCCACCCUCGGCUUCCGACCAAAACGAUGUGGUUGAGAUCAAAAUAAAGGAACAGAGCAAUCCCACUCAGCCUCGAAACUCACAGCAGCAGCAGCAGCAGCUUCAUGCCAAUACUACCAACACCAAAAACGGUUCCACGGCGUCAUUUGGCGUUGGCCUACCUCCCAACGUUCCCAUUGACUCGGAGGAGUAUCAGGCUUUUCUCAAGACCAAGCUCAAUCUUGCUUGCGCUGCUGUUGCUUUAUCAAGGGGACCAUUUAUCAAAGUUCAAGACUCUGCUUCUUUAGCUGACUGUGGAUCACAGGUCUCUAAUACUUCAAAAUUAGGAACACCAACCACUAAAGGAACUGGGUCUGAUUUAUUUGGGCCACAAGAUAAGGGUUCUGAUGGACCUAUUGGAAUACCAUCCUUGCCCAUGAAAAAGAAUUCUGGGGUUGUAGUAAGGCCAUCAACCAGUGGGUCAUCAAGAGAACAGACAGACGAUGAGGAAAAUGAUGGAGAAACUGAGAUGACUGAGAAUAUGGACCCUACUGAUGCAAAACGUGUAAGGAGAAUGCUUUCCAAUAGAGAGUCAGCUAGACGCUCAAGACGAAGAAAACAGGCUCAUUUGACUGAGCUUGAGACACAGGUUUCUCAAUUAAGAGUUGAAAACUCUUCUCUACUAAAGCGUCUCACUGAUAUAAGCCAAAAGUAUAAUGAUGCUGCCGUUGACAAUAGAGUUUUAAAAGCUGAUGUUGAAACAUUAAGAGCGAAGGUAAAGAUGGCCGAGGAGACGGUCAAAGGAAUAACUGGAUUGAAUCCCAUGUUUCAUGCCAUGUCUGAUAUAUCAUCAAUCAGCAUGCCAUCAUUUGAGGGAAGCCAUUCUGACACAUCAACAGAUGCUGCUGUUCCAGUGCAAGAGGACCCAAAUCAUCACUUUUAUCAAACUGCUUCUAGUAAUCCUAUGCCCCCGCUCGACCCUGGAACCAACAAUAAUUUAGCAGAAAUCCCUUCUGCUGAAAAUGUGCGGCGAAAUUCUGCAACAGCAGGAGGGAACAAAAUGGGGAGAUCAGCUUCCUUGCAGCGAGUGGCUAGUUUGGAGCAUCUGCAGAAGCGGAUCCGUGGGGGCGGAACUCCCAGUGGGCCUCAGUCGAAUGGAGAGCAGUAGUAACAAGCCAAUGGCUAAACCUAAACAACUGUAUUGCAGGAUACAUAUUGCAAUAUUAAUUUUGGCAAAAUUAUGUAACAAAACCUAUUCUUUUCUUUUAACAGCAUUGUGAACUGAACAGAUACUUAUAUAUUCUACCAGUUCCAAUUAAUAUAUUAACACAUAUAAUAGUUAUUGAUCUCUAUAA